AUGCUCACUUUUGAUGAGAAUGGACACCACAAACCCGCACACAAGCACAACAAGGCAUCCCAGAAAUGCGGGCCGUACCAACUGAAUCGUGUAAACUCACUGCACAGCACCAGCAGCCUGGGAAGUCACUCGCCUGAGCAUGUUGGUGACAGCCUCAAAGACGCGGCCUCCACUCGCUCUGGUCCUGUUCGUCAUCAACGGCUUGUUAAAUCUGAGGCUGCGUCCCCGCUCAUGAGAGCCUCUUCCAGCUUCCAGCAGCUCAACAACCAACUCCCUCCCCUGGACUUGUCCGCCAUCGAAUACCCGCAAUACCAACCGAACGGUACUUUCGACCUAUUUGGGAGCUCUGGCGAUGGGCCCAUCUUUAGCGCUGGCCUGAGCACCGCGUCUGUGGAUUGGAGCCACAUUGAUCUGGCUGACAAGACGGACAAGUUCGCACCCUCUAGCUACAGCCAAGCAGGCGCUCAAAGCUUCAACGGAAUGUUCGAUUUCCCUACCGGAUCUGAGCCAGCACCGACGCUCGCAGCAACAACAUCGACGUCGGGUGAAGUAUCCGAGGUAGAGGAUAACCUCAUGCCCGGCGACAGCAGCGACUACGACGGAUACGGGACCGGCAGCAACAGUUUCAUUCAUCCUGCCAGUGGCAGCUACCUCACAAAUGGCACGGGCACUGAUCUGACCGCCAUUGACUAUAACAGCUUCCUCAAGUCAUCCAAGUUCAUUGGAGCGGCUUCAUCCUUUGAUGAUAGCGGGCCCGUUGCUGGUGGCUCUGUCACUUUCGAUGAUGAUCCCGUCUUCUGGGGCCAACACUUCGACGACGGCAUUGCCACAUACACCGAAUCACCCGACGGCAUGCCGGCGUUCAACCCUGAGUCUUGGACAAUGCAAUAA